UUCCUUUUCUGCAACUGAUGAUCAAUGGCGUUGGUUGGGACAGUGAAGCUUUUUCUCUUCCUUGUUCUCUUCUGCCUCUCUUCUUGCCAAGGUAGGGAAAAUUGGGUGAAAUCGCGAUACCCGUUCAUCAAGCGCGCAAGCUCGUUCUCGCGCAGCGGCCAUGAGAGAGAUAGAGCGAGAGAGAAAGGCUUCGAUUACAUAAUCGUGGGCGGCGGCACCGCCGGAUGUCCAUUGGCGGCGACGCUGUCGCAGAAGUUCAGGGUUCUGGUGCUGGAAAGAGGCGGCGUUCCUUUCACGAAUGCGAACGUGUCUUUGCUUCGGAACUUUCACAUCGGCCUCGCCGAUACUUCUCCGAGCUCGGCUUCGCAGGCCUUCGUCUCGACGGACGGAGUUAUCAAUGCGAGGGCCAGGGUCUUGGGUGGUGGUUCCGCCAUUAAUGCUGGCUUCUAUACCAGAGCAAGUUCCAGAUUUAUAAAGAAAGUGGGGUGGGACGCGAAGCUGGUGAACGAAUCAUACUCAUGGGUGGAGAGGCAAAUUGUUCACCGGCCGGAGCUCGCCGGCUGGCAGAAGGCUUUCACCGACAGUCUCUUAGACGUCGGAAUCUCGCCCUUCAAUGGCUUCACCUACGAUCAUCUCUACGGCACCAAAGUCGGAGGCACUAUUUUCGACAGGUUCGGUCGCCGUCACACCACCGCCGAGCUCUUAGCUUCAGGGAAUCCCGAUAACCUUUCCGUUCUCGUUCACGCCACGGUUCAGAGACUCAUUUUUCACUCCGCUCAUGGUAUGAAACCGAAGGCGAUUGGAGUUGUUUUCAAGGAUGAAACUGGCAAUCAGAACGAAGUCUUUCUCUCGAGUAAGCGGCAGAGUGAAGUUAUUUUAUCCAGUGGAGCAAUUGCGACUCCGCAAAUGCUGCUGCUCAGUGGAAUUGGGCCGAGGGCUGAUCUUGAGAAGUGGAACAUCUCUGUGGUGCUUGACAAUGAGUUUGUUGGGAAAGGCAUGGCUGAUAACCCCUUGAACUCCAUUUUUGUUCCUAGCAACAGACCAGUUGAGCAGUCCCUUAUUCAAGCAGUUGGAAUCACCAAGCUUGGUGUUUAUAUUGAAUCUAGCAGUGGAUUUGGGCAGUCCGAGGAAAGUAUUCACUGUCACCAUGGUUUGAUGUCAGCUGAGAUUGGGCAGCUAUCCACCAUUCCUCCAAAGCAAAGAACGCCAGAAGCCAUUCAAGCUUACAUAAAAAACAAACAAGACUUACCCCGUGAGGCAUUUAAAGGAGGUUUUGUUCUAGAAAAAAUAGCAAAUCCCAUCUCCAAAGGACAAUUAAGCUUGAUCAACACUAAUGUUGACGACAAUCCUGCCGUGACCUUCAACUACUUUGGUCAUCCUAAUGAUCUUCACCGUUGCGUUGAAGGGGUUCGUAUGGUUACAAAGAUUGUACAUUCUAAAUACUUCACAAACUACACACAGUGCAAUGAGGAAACAUUGGACAAGCUGCUUAAUAUUAGUGUCAAAGCCAACAUCAACCUCAUACCUAAGCAUACCAAUGAUACCAAGUCCUUGGAGCAGUUCUGCAGAGACACUGUGAUCACAAUCUGGCACUACCAUGGAGGGUGCCUAGUGGGCAAGGUCGUGAACCAUGACCGGAAGGUUCUCGGUGUAACUAGGCUGCGCAUUGUCGAUGGUUCAACAUUCAGCGAGUCUCCUGGCACCAAUCCUCAAGCUACUGUUAUGAUGAUGGGAAGGUAUAUGGGUCAGAAAAUCUUGAUGGAUAGAUUGGGAAGGAAAGCUGGAAUAUAGGGAGCAGAAAUACUGCAAAGAAUUACAAGCAGUGUUAGUUAUCAGUGGAAGUGUGAUCUGGUGUACUUGAUUCUUGAAGAACAGGUGGACAUACAGGAUCUCUUGCUUGGCAUGGAAAUUACAAAUUUUUUUAAUAUGAAAAGUAUUCUUUAGCUUUAGUAUCUUUCAGCCAAUUUGUUUUGUAUUCUUUUGAUAGUUGAUGAAUUUUCCUUCUUUCAAAGCAGUUGAAGAAAAGGAGAGAGAGAAGAAGAAAGAGCCUGGUCUCAACUAGACUUGUUCUUUAUAUUGGAGCUAGAUUUUAGUGAUUGUGCAUCUGCAGUUAUGUAUGAACAACUUGUGAUCUUGUGAUCUUGAAGGAGGAUAGUGUGAAUAAUUUUAUGUGGAACAUCUAACUUCUUUGCUUUAUUCAAUUAAUUCUUCAUCCAUUUUUUUUAAUUUAA